AUGGGAUUAACGUCCACAUGGAGAUAUGGAAGAGGACAGGGGAUCGGCACCGUAACCAUGGUCAGCUGGGGUCGCUUCCUCUGCCUGGUUGUGGUCACCAUGGCAACCUUGUCCCUGGCCCGGCCCUCCUUCAAUUUAGUUGACGAUACUACGGUUGAGCCGGAAGAGCCACCAACCAAAUACCAAAUCUCCCAACCAGAAGUUUACGUGGCUGCGCCCCGGGAGUCGCUAGAGUUGCGCUGCCUGUUGCGAGAUGCCGCCGUGAUCAGUUGGACUAAGGAUGGGGUGCACUUGGGGCCCAACAAUAGGACAGUGCUUAUUGGGGAGUAUUUGCAGAUAAAAGGUGCCACGCCUAGAGACUCCGGCCUCUAUGCUUGUACUGCUGCUAGGAACGUAGACAGUGAGACUGUCUACUUCAUGGUCAAUGUCACAGAUGCCAUCUCAUCCGGAGAUGACGAGGACGACGCAGAUGGCUCGGAGGAUUUUGUCAGUGAGAACAGUAACAGCAAGAGAGCACCGUACUGGACCAACACAGAAAAGAUGGAAAAACGGCUACAUGCGGUCCCAGCAGCCAACACUGUCAAGUUCCGCUGUCCAGCUGGGGGGAAUCCAACACCAACCAUGAGGUGGCUGAAAAAUGGGAAGGAAUUUAAGCAGGAGCAUCGCAUUGGAGGCUAUAAGGUACGAAACCAGCAUUGGAGCCUUAUUAUGGAAAGCGUGGUCCCAUCUGACAAAGGAAAUUAUACGUGCGUGGUGGAGAACGAUUACGGGUCCAUCAAUCAUACGUACCACCUUGACGUUGUUGAGCGAUCACCACACCGGCCCAUCCUUCAAGCUGGGCUGCCGGCAAAUGCCUCCACCGUGGUUGGAGGUGAUGUGGAGUUUGUCUGCAAAGUGUACAGCGAUGCCCAGCCCCAUAUCCAGUGGAUCAAACACGUGGAAAAGAAUGGCAGUAAAUAUGGGCCCGACGGGCUGCCCUAUCUCAAGGUUCUGAAGGCCGCCGGUGUUAAUACCACGGACAAAGAAAUUGAGGUUCUCUAUAUUCGGAAUGUAACUUUUGAGGAUGCUGGGGAAUAUACGUGCUUGGCGGGUAAUUCUAUUGGGAUAUCCUUUCACUCUGCAUGGUUGACAGUUCUGCCAGCUCCUGUAAGAGAAAAGGAGAUCACAGCUUCCCCAGACUACCUGGAAAUAGCCAUUUACUGCAUAGGGGUGUUCUUCAUCGCCUGCAUGGUGGUGACGGUCAUCCUGUGCCGGAUGAGGAACACGACCAAGAAGCCGGACUUCAGCAGCCAACCGGCUGUGCACAAGCUGACCAAGCGCAUCCCCCUACGGAGACAGGUUUCUGCUGAGUCCAGCUCCUCCAUGAACUCCAACACCCCACUGGUGAGGAUUACAACUCGCCUCUCUUCAACUGCAGACACCCCCAUGCUGGCGGGGGUCUCUGAGUACGAGCUGCCAGAAGAUCCCAAAUGGGAGUUUCCGAGAGAUAAGCUGACGCUAGGCAAACCCCUGGGAGAAGGUUGCUUUGGGCAAGUGGUCAUGGCUGAAGCAGUGGGAAUUGACAAGGAGAAGCCCAAGGAAGCAGUCACUGUGGCCGUGAAGAUGUUGAAAGAUGAUGCCACUGAGAAAGACCUUUCUGAUCUGGUGUCCGAGAUGGAGAUGAUGAAGAUGAUUGGGAAACACAAAAAUAUCAUAAAUCUCCUUGGAGCCUGUACUCAGGAUGGGCCGCUCUAUGUCAUCGUCGAAUACGCCUCGAAAGGCAACCUUCGGGAAUACCUCCGCGCCCGGAGGCCACCCGGGAUGGAGUAUUCCUAUGACAUCAGCCGUGUUCCCGAGGAGCAGAUGGCCUUCAAGGACCUGGUGUCGUGCACCUACCAGCUGGCCCGGGGCAUGGAGUAUUUGGCUUCCCAGAAAUGCAUUCAUCGAGAUUUAGCUGCCAGAAAUGUUUUGGUAACAGAAAACAACGUGAUGAAAAUAGCUGAUUUUGGACUGGCCAGAGAUAUCAACAAUAUAGACUAUUACAAAAAGACCACAAAUGGCCGACUUCCGGUCAAGUGGAUGGCUCCUGAGGCCCUUUUCGACAGAGUGUACACCCAUCAGAGUGAUGUCUGGUCCUUCGGGGUGUUAAUGUGGGAGAUCUUCACGUUAGGGGGCUCGCCCUACCCAGGGAUUCCCGUGGAGGAACUUUUUAAGCUGCUUAAGGAGGGACAUAGGAUGGACAAGCCAGCAAACUGCACCAACGAACUGUAUAUGAUGAUGAGAGAUUGCUGGCAUGCGGUGCCCUCACAGAGACCCACCUUCAAGCAGUUGGUAGAAGACUUGGAUCGAAUCCUCACACUCACAACCAACGAGGAAUACUUGGACCUCAGUCAGCUUCUUGAACAGUAUUCACCUAGUUACCCUGACACAAGGAGUUCUUGCUCUUCGGGAGAUGAUUCUGUUUUCUCUCCGGACCCCAUGCCUUACGAACCCUGCCUUCCUCAGUAUCCACAUAGAAACGGCAGUGUUAAAACAUGA